AUGAAACUUAAUAAACCUAAACGUCUCAACUUUAUCUUGGAAUUAAGAAUCUUUGAGAAACGCAAUGCAUCGAGAUUAUCAUCUCGAGACCCUUGGAUAACAGAUCUUCUCGCACCCUUGAUAAAUCGAGGAUUUGUGCGAACCUGCAAAUCUGUGCUGGGUCAGGUAUUUGCAUUGGUCGGUUACAUUUCUGUCCGUUACCCAAAAAAAAAAUUCGCCAACGUACAAACAUACGACGUUGCCGUAAGAAGAUCCGUUAUCGAUAUGGCAUGUCACUAUGGUCUGGCAGUUAAAGCAGUCGGCUUACGAUGUACUUUGUCAUUGGGCAACGAUGAUGACAAAAAAAAGAAGUGGCUAAAGUUUGAUUUCGAUGAGUUAAAGAUGGAAACGCCUUUAUCCCCAUCAUUUCCAUCAUUGGACGACUCUAUUUAUUUCUUGUCGUCUCAUCUUUUGUCUCUCCCCCCUCCAAUUUUGUUUGCCCUUUUGAGUUAUAGGCCAAAAUCCGACGCGUCUUGCACCCAAUCUAAAAUCGGUAAUUCGUCGCACACACAGGUUACGCUGGCCGUUGUAUGA